CAGCGGACCGCCGUGUUGCGGGGCGGCAGCGUGCGGGGGGGCCCGGCCCCGGCGCGUUGCUGAGGCAGCAGGAGCCUCCGAGCAUCCCUGAGAGCCAGGCAGCAAACUCCUCCUCCCUCCCUCUCAUCUGUCUCUCGCCGCUUCCUUUGCAAAGAUGGCAACCGAGGGGCUGCACGAGAACGAGACGUUGGCUUCGCUGAAGAACGAGGCGGAGAGCCUGAAGGGCAAGCUGGAGGAGGAGCGGGCCAAGCUGCACGACGUGGAGCUUCAUCAGGUGGCAGAGCGUGUGGAGGCACUGGGCCAGUUUGUGAUGAAGACCAGAAGGACCCUGAAGGGCCACGGAAAUAAAGUUCUCUGUAUGGACUGGUGCAAAGACAAAAGAAGAAUUGUGAGCUCUUCCCAGGAUGGGAAGGUGAUUGUGUGGGAUUCAUUCACUACUAACAAGGAACACGCCGUGACGAUGCCGUGUACCUGGGUGAUGGCAUGUGCAUAUGCCCCGUCUGGAUGUGCCAUUGCUUGUGGUGGCCUGGACAACAAGUGUUCUGUGUACCCUCUGACAUUUGACAAAAAUGAAAAUAUGGCUGCAAAGAAGAAAUCGGUUGCAAUGCACACAAACUACUUGUCAGCCUGCAGCUUCACUAACUCUGACAUGCAGAUCCUGACAGCAAGUGGAGAUGGGACCUGUGCUCUGUGGGAUGUUGAGAGCGGGCAGCUUCUGCAAAGCUUCCAUGGGCAUGGAGCUGAUGUCCUGUGCCUGGAUCUGGCUCCUUCAGAAACUGGAAAUACAUUUGUCUCCGGGGGAUGCGACAAGAAAGCCAUGGUGUGGGACAUGCGGUCUGGUCAGUGCAUCCAGUCAUUCGAAACCCACGAUUCAGACAUCAACAGUGUCAGAUACUACCCAAGUGGAGAUGCUUUUGCCUCUGGUUCAGAUGAUGCCACGUGCCGUUUGUACGACCUUCGUGCAGACAGAGAAGUAGCAAUUUAUUCCAAGGAGAGCAUCAUUUUUGGAGCAUCCAGUGUGGAUUUCUCUCUCAGUGGUCGUCUGCUGUUUGCAGGUUAUAAUGAUUACACCAUAAAUGUCUGGGAUGUGCUGAAAGGAUCCCGUGUAUCUAUUCUGUUUGGACAUGAGAACCGUGUCAGCACCCUGCGGGUCUCUCCUGAUGGGACUGCGUUCUGCUCAGGGUCCUGGGACCACACUCUGCGAAUCUGGGCUUAACAUGAGAUCCUGCGUGCAGAAUCCAAUGAAGACUGAUGACCUGGACUGCAAAAACAGCUAAAGAAGGCUCCCUGAAAAUCAGAUAUUCAUUACUCUACAAAGGGGUGACACUGAACCCACAGAUCAACACAGCUAGUAGAACAUAAUCUGCUUGAACACAUAGCAAACAUAAACUUGUGGUAAAAGUUAAUGAUUUUGAUUCUGUUUUGAAAGUAUUUUAUUAGAACUAGAUUAGUUAAUUAUGAAUGGACUUUUCUCUGAAGUCGUCUGUAUCAUAGAAAUGAGUAUUUCAGUGCACAUUAUGUAUUUAUUUGCAUGAUUUGAGUUCCUUUUUAGAGCAAAAAAAAAGAUUCCUGAUUUUAUCAGGUUGUAGCAUCAGGUUUUGGAAACAUUCCAUAGUGGUGCAUUGAAUUUUGGUGUUGAAAAGUGGGAAGAAAAGCAGCUUUGAUGCUUUGUGAUGUCAUUGUGGCUGACUGAACCAUGAUAGUAAGCAGAGGCCCCGUUGGGAAGGUACCAGUUGUUGUCAUAAAAAUGUAUUUUUUGUACAGAAGAGAAUCCUUUAAAUCCCUGCUUUUUCCUACUGUCUUUUUAGAUUGAAAUAAGUAUUUCGUCUCUGUUACCUGAAGAUAAAGAAUCUAAAUAUAUACAAAAUGAUAAAUGCAAAGAUGAGGAAUAUAAACAUGAUUUACAUAAUCAUGAGGUAGUAUUUAACCAGUAGUUUCUUAGAAAUCUUUAAUUGUAUCACUUGGUGAGUGAAUUUUCUUUACUUAAAGGAUACUACAUGCUAAGCACUGAGGGAUACUAAACGCUAAGCUCUAGCACAAUUACACUGAUGGUCAGGUCUUUUCCAACUCAGUCACAGUUAUUCUAUGAUCAUGAUUCUUAUUUGCAUUUUGAGCAGUUCACACCACUGGACAAGGUAAUGUAGCCUUAAAUGUGCAUUAAGGCAGCAUGCUUCCAUGUUGAGGUCCUUGGGUAACAUCAGAGCAGCACAAGUUCAUGCCAAUAUGGGCCAAAUCUUAGAAGGCAAACUGCACAGCCCCUGCUUGAACAGCUCUCCUACUGGAGUGAGGCACUGCAGUUGUAUGAGUAGUAUGUAGUAUGGGUAUGAGAAUGGAUGGCAGCGAGCUGCUGGGGCCUGCUGUGAGCCAAAUCCUGCCUGUGCAAGCCACUGGACCACGGAGCAGCUGGGCUUCAAAGAAGCUGGCCACAUUGCUUGCAGUAUCCGCUCUGUGGGUGUACAGAGAUGUGGUACUAACUGGUGGGACUACCCCCACAUGCAGCUGAUGCUGUACAAUUAAGAUUUAUUCAGAUAAAGCUGAGAUAUAGUUGAGCAUAGAACUAUUUGUGUCUGUAAAUGUAUCUGCAUUCAUACAUUGAGAGCAGUUGAGACUACAGCGUGUCACCUUUGCUUAUAUGAAUGGGUGCUGAGUCCAACAUGAGCAGGGAUGCAAGGAGAGAAGUGCUGGAUAGCUGCUGGGGGCUGGCACAGCCUGGCUUGAAGGAGGCACAUCCUGAACAGAUCUGAGUAAGGUUUGUGUUCAGACUGGAACAAGAUGAAACAAGCCAUCACUGCAGUCGGCUGUGCACGUAAGUUUGAAAAUAUCCUUGCUCUGUUUAAAAAUGGGAUUUUAAAAAUAUAUAGAGAUUGUAAUAGAAACAGAGUUUUCUCAUUCAUGAAAACAUUGGGUUUCAAUGAAUCCAUGACCUGUUAAAUUAGGACACUGAUAUGUGUAUCAGCCUUCAGUCCCUCAUGAAAUCUCAGUUGUUUCUGCUUCUAAAAGGCAACCCUGAUGCUUUGGAAUACUUGUGGCAAACAAUCCCUGUAACAGAUGCACUACAGAAAUUGUAAUGUCCUAUAGAGCUCACUGUGCAAUAUUGAGUCAAUACACUGUACACCUUUGAUCAAAAGAUAUUAAUGUUUAGAUAGUAUUUAUUGGUAAGAUAUUUGUUUCAGACAUACUGCAUUGUGUUGAUACUUACGAAUGGCCUAAAUACAAUAAAUUGUAUUUUGCAUAUUGA